AUGGCCAUCUUUGACGACAUCGAGGCGCUCAUCCUCGCCAACUGCCCAGGCCACAAAGAUGUACCUGCCGCCUUCGCCAGCAUUGGCUGUUCGCCAUCCAUAUCCAUCGCCGUUCUCGAAGGCGGCGUCAUCACAUCGCGCUGCUACUCCACCGUCGGCAACGACACCGAGACGCUCUUCCAAGCCGCUAGCAUCUCUAAGCCCGUCAACGCGCUCGCCGUGAUGAAGCUCAUUGAGCAAGGCCGCUUCACCCUCGACAGCACCGUCCGCGCUCUCCUGCCAAAGGUCCUGCUGGAUAUACUCGUGGAGGGUUCCCCGCCCAGCCAGCGGCCCAUUGUCGAGGGCAUCACCGUGAAGCAGCUGCUGAGCCACACGGCGGGCCUCACCGUCCAUGGUUUUGCCGGCUACUCACAUACGGACAGGGUGCCGAGUGCCAAGGAGAUCCUCGCGGGGGCGCACCCGUCCAACUCGCCGCGGAUCCGUGUCGCGGCGCUCCCGGGCCACUCGCAUAGCUACUCGGGCGGCGGCAUCACGCUCCUGCAGUGGAUCCUCGAGGCGGUGACGGGGCAGGACUACCCGACGCUGAUGCGGGAGCUGGUGCUGGAGCCGCUGGGCAUGACGCGGUCGACAUUUGGCGCGCUGCCGGAGGGGGAGAGGAAUGUUGCGUCGGCGUACUACACGCAGCAUACAAAGGCGGAUGUGGAUCACCAUGUACAGCCGGAGAAGGCGGCGGCGGGGCUGUGGACGACGCCGACGGAUCUUCUCAAGGCGGCGAUGGGUGUGCAAAAGUCGCUCCAAGGUGCAGAAGGCUCGCUGCUGAAGAAGGAGACGGCAGAGUUGAUGCUGACGAAAGUGGCGGGCGACAUGGCGCUGUCGUGGGUGCGGCCCGACGCGUCGACUUUUCAUCACAAUGGGUCAAAUGAGCCGGGUUUCAUGUCGCAGCUAUAUGCGUACGCCAAAAUAGAUAGCAGCGAGAAGAAAGUGCCCGAGAAUUGUGGCUUUGCUAUCAUGCUCAAUGGCGGCACGGAGCCGGUGUUUACGGCAGGGUGGAAGGUGGCGCUGGCUAUUGCGGCGCUGAAGAAGUGGCCACUGACGACGAGCGCUUCGUAUCUCGCGGCCAUCCAGCCGUUUCGGCCGAUUGACGAUGGUACGAUGGGUGAGGGGUGGAAGGCCUGGAAGGGAGAGUGGGCGGCGAAGGAGCAGGGCCAGAGGUAUACGCUGGGAGAGAGUGAGAAGGGCAAACCGGUGCUGUUUUACGGUGGUGUAGGACCGAUUGCGCUGCUGCGGACGGCGGAGGAUAGCAGGUUUGAGCUGGAGGGAUUGGAAAUGAACGUGGUGUUGGAGGAGAAGGAGGGAGUGAAGACGAUUAGUGUGAAGAGUGGCCUGUCUGGAGAUGCGAUUGAGCUCAAGACCGUCGAGGCCUGA